UCUUCCAUGGCUGCCGUUAGAGAUGAAUCGGACUACGACAGUAGCCGUCCGUCGUCGCUCACGGCGCUGGGCUCCCGCCGGAGCUGGAUCAGCGACAUUGGCAGCUCCAGCUCGGUCUCUGGCGGCGGCGAGACCCCCUGCCGCCACAGCAAGCCCCACAAGGCCAACCAUGCCGAGUGGGAGGCCAUCGCGCGCGUCCGCGCAGCCGCCGCCGGCGGCAGCGUCGGGCUGGACCACUUCCGCCUCGUGCGGCGCCUCGGCAGCGGCGACCUCGGAAACGUCUACCUGUGCGAGCUCCGUGAGCCGCCGCACCGGCCGUCGUCGUCCGGGCACCUCUACUACGCCAUGAAGGUGGUGGACAAGGACGCGCUGGCGUUCCGCAAGAAGCUCCGGCGCGCGGAGGUGGAGCGGGAGAUCCUCCGCGCCCUCGACCACCCCUUCCUGCCCACGCUGUACGCCGACUUCGAGGCGUCGCACUACGCCUGCCUCGUCAUGGAGUUCUGCCCCGGCGGCGACCUCCACGUCGCCCGGCAGCGGCAGCCCGGCCGCCGGUUCAGCGUCGCCUCCGCGAGAUUCUACGCGGCGGAGACGGUGCUGGCGCUGGAGUACCUGCACAUGAUGGGGGUGGUGUACCGGGACCUCAAGCCGGAGAACGUCCUGGUGCGCGCCGACGGCCACAUCAUGCUCUCCGACUUCGACCUCUCCCUCAAGUGCGACGACGUCGUCCCCAAGCUCCUCCGCCAACCGAGAGGGGACGGCGCCGGCGCCAACCCGAGCUCGACCAAUGGUCACUCCUCGUCGUGCGUCCCGCCGAUCCAGCCGGUGCUGUCAUGCCUAUUCAACGGUGUAACACGCAAGCGCCUGCUGCCGAUGCCCGGCGCGGCGGCCGUGGACGCCGACGCCGCCGAGCAUUCCGAGCCCGAACAGACGUCUGAGUCUGACCCUUCAGAGGUGGUGGUGGAGCCUGUGGCGGCCCGGUCUAGGUCUUUCGUGGGCACGCACGAGUACCUGGCGCCGGAGGUGAUCUCCGGGCAGGGCCACGGCAGCGCGGUGGACUGGUGGACGCUGGGAGUGUUCAUGUACGAGAUGGUGUACGGCCAGACGCCGUUCAAGGGGGCGACCAACGAGGAGACGCUCGCCAACAUCGUCGGCAAGCGGCCCGUGGCCUUCCCGCGGGUCCCGUCGUCGGCGAGCUGCGGCGAGCGGGAGGAGCUGCUCCGGGCGCAGGACCUCAUGGCCCGGCUCCUGGCGAAGUGCCCCGGGAAGCGACUGGGGAGCUGCACGGGGUCAGGCGAGGUGAAGCGGCACGCGUUCUUCCGCGGUGUGAACUGGGCGCUCGUCAGGUCCGUCCGACCGCCGGAGGUGCCCGUGCCGGUGGCAAGGAGCAAGGCGAAGACGAUGAGCAGGAAGGAGCGGCAGGAGCCGUACAAGCAACAACAUGAGGACCAUUUCGACUACUUUUGAGUUGACACCUUGUAUUCUAGACUAGACGGGCAGACGGGAUUAAGCGGUGUACAUAAAGUUGGUAGUGAUUCCAUAACGAAAUAUUAGAGCAUCUUCA